AUGUACCACUCUCGCCGGCCCCGACCCAACAUCACGUCCCCUCCACCGACCUCCUCCACCUCUUCCUUCCCUUCCCCCACCGCCUCUCCCGUCCCCGCAGGCGCCGACGACAUUCUCUCCCUCUCCCUCCCGCAAGUCCAAGAACGUCUCGCCCGAAACUCCCGCGUACUCAAUAUCGGUCUCUUUGCCUCUACGCCGGUAGCCCACGUUAGUCCUUCCGCCUCGCCCGUGCCCCCCUCGUCCGGCUCGGUCGGUAUACCCACUACGUCGUCGGCUACGAACGCGCAGAGACAGCGGGGCAUUCAGUCAGCAGGGACCUCACCGACGGACACGGUCCGUGAUCGUCUUCUGGUGGUCCGGCGGCAAUUGUUGGAGAGGGAGCGAGAGCUGUUGAUGGCGAAGGCGGCGGAAGGGAUGGGGGGUCUUCAGCUCAACAAUGGGGCGCAGCAGGAACAGGAACGGCAGGCUUCUCCCGUGAGGCAGGUGAUGCCGCCUGCUGGACUAAGGGGAGGGGAGGAGGACAGCGAAGAGGAUGCAGAGAGCAGCGCUAUGGCUGGCAGAAGACGGUCUUCUGCUUCUGCUGCUCGGGCGGCAGCGGCAGCGGCACAGACGAACGGCGGUAGUCUGGCGGGCAAGGCAAGUGGGAAGCGCGCGGCGAUGAUGAAUAUCCGGGAGAGGGAGAAGGGGUAUGCGCCUAAUGGCUUGAUCCUACCUGUAUCAGAGAGCAUAGCCCUCGCUUCCCGGGACUUUGAUCAUAAAACCGCCUCACGCUUAUCCGCACUCUCGCUCAACCCCGCUUCGGCCCAAGCCCAGGCUCACGGUCUCGACAUGGGCAACAUCCCGCGCGGCUCCUCGUCUCCCAAAUCCCGCAGACAUCGCGCGCUCGCGUAUCCCGAUACGUCCCCUCUCCAGUCCACCCGAAACACGGCGGAUCCGAACGACGAGAUUGCGCGCGCCGAGGCAAUGGCGAGGGUCAAUGCGUUCAUGUCGUACAAGUCUCGCGAAGAGUAUGAGGAUGGCGAUGGGGAUGAGGACGGAGAAGGGUUUGAUGGGGUAGAUGGGGAUGGCGUGGAUGGGAUGUUUGACUUUGAGGAGUUGGAUUACCCGGACUCGUCCGCGCUGGAUGGGAGGCAUGAGAAGGGGAAGAGGCGGGAAAGGGGGACGGGGGAAACGGUGGAUGUGUAUGGGGAGGAUGAUGAGCGGUUUGCGGAAGGGAAUGGGGAUUUUGAUAAUGAUGAUGCCGAGGAUGGGAUGGACUUGUAG